CGAGAGUUUGUGAUGGAAGAGUGUAGCAACUGCAGUGUCUUCUGUGGGGAUUUAUAAAACCUAUUGAUCUCUAAGAGGGAUUUACCUAUCGGAGGACAGUGCCUACUGAUCUGGAUUUAUCGGAGAUGGAUCUUCAGGUGGUUGUCUGGCUGUUGUACUGCUUUCUGCUGCCCACCGUGCUGUUAGCAGCUUGUCUGUUUCGCUACAAUGCCCUGUCGCUGGUCUAUCUCAUCUACCUGCUGCUGCUGCCAUGGUUCCUGUGGCCCAAUAAGCACACUAUCAAAGGUCACACUGGUCACUUUAUCAGAGCAGUAUUCUGUACCAGUCUACUGUUUAUACUGGCACAUAUCACCUUUCAGACAGUCCUGUACACUUAUCCUCCACUGAACGCUGCCUUAGGAAACAACUGUUCACAACUGGAAACAAUAAGUCGACAUGUAGGACUAUCCAGGCUUCCCCUAGAUGAUCCUUGGAGUGUGUUGCGUCUUCUUUGCCCUGACCUUGGUGUAUGUGUGGUUGCCUUAGUGACCAUGGUCCUCUGCAGCAGAUUGGUGAAAAACAGAGAGAUGGUGGCUGCUGCCAACAUUACAUCGCUAGAAGAUGAACCAACAGAUGGACAAGAUGAGGAGGAGGAGGAGGAGGAAAAUGAGGAAGAGGAGUCAGAGGACGAAGACGAAGAGGGGAGAACAUCACCUAAUGACCCUAGUGAGGAGAUUUCCACGGCAACCAGAGCUAAGCAGCUGGCAGAGCAUCUGAAAGUUAAAGCCCGGAAAGUUCUACGAGACCUUGGGAGAAUCCUGGCCAUCAGCCUGCUGGCUGUGGCUGGCAUUACUCUGCCAUCGGCCUUCUCAGCCAUCUACUUCCUGCUUUUCAUUGGCGUGUGCACGUGGUGGGCGUGUCACCUUCCCAUCAGUCACCUUGGUUUCAACGCGCUCUGUGUGAUGGUGGGCUUCUUCACUGCUGGCCACAUGGUCUGCCUCUAUUUGUACCAGAGUCUGCUGGCUCAAGCCCUGUUCCCCCCACACAGUCUGUGGGCCAGACUCUUUGGUCUGAAGGACAUCGUCAAACCAGAGAACUGCUCCGUCCCCUAUGACCUCAACCUUAACUAUGAUUAUGAUUGGCCAGUUUAUGUCAACCCAGGCAUAUUGUUCCUCCUCUACAUUACCAUAGCAACAAUUCUCAAGACAGGUUGUCAUGGGACACUUGACCAGGUUGAGGAGGAACAGACACAGGAGAAAGGGGAGGAGCCAGGAGGAGAGAAGGUGGAAUUAAGGCCUUGGAACCCACAGAGAGACAACUGUGAGGAUGACACGCAGGUAAUGCUUCUAUCUGUGGGAACAGAGAGCAGCAGAGGAGAGGCCACAGCCAAAGCGAGUCAAUCAGAUCAAGGUGUCAGUGAUGCCCCUAAAGGCCAAAAGAGUGAAAAUCCAUUUUUUCUGCUGGGCAGAGUGGUCAUGCAACAGAGCUAUGUCUGCGCUCUCAUAGCCAUGAUGGUUUGGAGCAUCACUUACCACAGCUGGCUGACCUUUGUACUGCUAUUGUGGGCUUGCCUCAUAUGGAUUCUACGUGCCAGACGCCAUGCUGCCACGCUGUGCUCUCCAUUCAUCCUGCUCUAUGGUUUAGCUCUGUGCUGUUUACAGUACGUAUGGGCCAUGGAGCUUCAGCCAGAACUGCCUACCACUGUGGGAACCAUGAGCCUCAGACAUCUGGGACUCGACAGAGCCCGGUAUCCCUGCCUCAGACUGGGAGCUAUGCUCCUUUUCACUUUAACUUUCUGGCUGUUGUUGCAUCAAGCAGUAAAGGAAAAUUUCAGCAGGAAACGGAAAACGGUCACUCCUCUACAGGAAGUCACUACAGGAGGAGAGAGUGCUGGUAAUGAAUCAGUACUAAAAGUUCUAGGAGGCAUGGUGAUGAGCUGUUAUGCCAAGUACUGGAUAUAUGUCUGUGGAGGGAUGUUUAUCAUGGUCUCCUUCGCUGGCAAGCUUGUCGGAUACAAAAUAGUCUACAUGUUGCUGUUCCUGGUCUGCCUCUGUCUUUAUCAGGUGUACUACUCUCUCUGGAGGAGACUGCUGAAGGUCUUCUGGUGGUUGGUUGUGGCUUACACUAUGCUGGUGCUGAUUUCUAUCUACACCUACCAGUUUGAAGACUUCCCUGGUUACUGGAGGAACUUGACUGGUUUUACUGAAGAACAGCUGGCAGAUAUUGGUCUGGAGACAUUUGCUCUGUCUGAGCUCUUCACCAGUAUUUUGAUCCCUGGCUUCUUCUUGCUAGCUUGUAUUCUGCAGCUACACUACUUCCACAGGCCUUUUAUGAGAAUCACUGAUCUGGAGCAUGUUACACCUAUACACAGGAAGAAGAGUCAUAAGACUGAGAGGAUUGGAUGUACUGGCAAUAUGGGAUCAGGCUUUGAAGAAGAGGAAGAGGACCUUGUGACUGACAUAGAUGAUGAAUCUGAGGAUGAAGAGCUGAUGCCCAGUAAGUGGGGUCUGGUGAUGGACAGGUUGUUGGUUCUUUCCAGAAGGUUCUCAGACAUUCUUACCAAAAUUCAGGUGUUUCUGUGGAGGCUGCUGGAGCUCCACAUCCUCAAGAUGGUGGCCUUCUUCACAGUAUGGGUUGCCCUUGGAGAGCCAUCUGUGAUGAACCUGGUCCUGGUGGUUUUGUGGUCUCUGGCAAUGCCAUAUGGUCGCUUCAGGCCUAUGGCUUCCUGUCUGUCCACCAUCUGGGUGUGUGUCAUCAUCGUCUGUAAGAUGCUGUACCAACUCAGUGUUGUCAAUCCUGCUGAGUAUGCCAGCAACUGUAGCCUGCCUAUGGCUAAUGAAACCAACCUGUCACCUGAGGAGAUGAUGAACUCUUCUCUGUAUAAGCACCCAGUGGAUCCAGCUAACUGGUUUGGCUUCAGGAAAGACGCCACAGUUCUGGGAUAUAGCAAGAACCAUUUACUAGUGCUGAUGUUGUUGGUGUUUGAGGCAACGGUGUAUCGUCACCAGGCCCAUCACUACCGCCAGGUACAGCGAUCUCCUCCUACCAUCCCCGCUCUGUUCCCCUCCGCCACCAGGGAUACUCGAGACCAUGGCCUUAUACCCUGUCUCAAGUACCUUCUCAACUACACCUUCUACAAGUUUGGACUAGAGAUUUGCUUCCUUAUGACGGUGAAUGUGAUUGGACAGCGGAUGAACUUCCUGGUGAUAAUACAUGGCUGCUGGUUGGUGGCCAUCAUGGUGAGGCGUCGUCGUGCAGCUAUUGCCAAGAUCUGGCCCAAAUACUGUCUCUUCCUGUCCAUCUUCAUGAUCUACCAGUAUAUGCUGUGUGUGGGCAUACCCCCUGCUCUGUGCAUAGACUACCCAUGGCGGUGGAAGACAACAGUGUUGAUGAACUCGGCUCUCAUAAAAUGGAUCUAUCUGCCUGAUUUCUACACCCUGCCUAACUCCAAAAACCUCAUAGCGGACUUUGUCCUUCUGAUGUGUGCAUCUCAGCAGUGGGUGGUGUUUGAGUAUGAACAGAAAGAAGAGUGGAUGGUUCUAGCAGGAGAAAACACAGACAACCCUGAACCCAUGGAUGGUCGACUGUUUAACCCUGCACCCAACUUUAUCAACUGCAGGAGUUAUCUAGACAUGGCUAAAGUUUUGGUAUUUCGUCACCUCUUCUGGUUUGUGCUGUCCGUUGUUUUUGUUACUGGGGCAACCAGGAUCUCAGUGUUUGGAUUAGGCUACUUGCUCGCCUGUUUCUUUUUCCUGCUGUUUGGUACACAGCUUUUGGUCAAAACAUCCAGGACCCGUCUCGCCCUCUGGGACUGUCUCAUCAUCUAUAAUGUUGCUGUUAUUAUAUCUAAAAAUAUGCUGUCGAUCCUGGCCUGUGUGUUUGUCGUGCAGAUGCAGAAGGGAUUCUGUUGGGUGAUUCAGCUUUUCAGUUUGGUUUGCACAGUUAAAGGUUAUUAUGACCCUAAAUCUGUGAGUGACAAGACGUGCAUCCUACCAGUGGAAGAGGCGGGGAUAAUGUGGGACAGUAUCUGUUUCCUCUUCCUGUUGCUGCAGAGGCGCGUCUUUCUCAGUUUCUACUUCCUACAUGUCACAGCAGAUCUACAGGCUUCUGCCAGACAGGCUUCAAGGGGUUUUGAACUGUUUAGAGCCAGUAUUGUGAAGAAUAUCAUGUUCCACCAACAAAUUGAGAAGAAGUCUCUCUCACAGCUAAAGAGAUCGAUGAAGAGAAUUCGUGCCAAGCAGCAAAGAUAUAGAGAUGGACGUAAAUCAUGUGCAGAGCCCAAGGAGGAUCAGGCUGCUGACAUCCCCAAAGACAAGAAGAGUUCCAAGAAGAAAAAGUGGCACCAGCCAUGGUUGGACCAUGCAACAGUGCUCCACUCAGGAGAGUAUUACCUGUUUGAAUCGGACAGUGAGGAUGAAGAGGAGUUGCUGUCAGAAGACCAGAAGCCUCAGAAGCAGACUGCCUGUCAGUUGGCCUAUCAGGCAUGGGUGACUAGUGUAAAGGCUGCUCUAAGAGACCGCCAGAGACGGCAGAGAGAACUGAAGAGGCUGGAGAGAAGAGAGGAAGAAAGAAGAGAGGAGGACAGAGAGGGUUUACAUCAAGAGGCUUGUUCAGUCCCAGGUUGUGGGGACGAUGUUUUUGAGGAGCCAGUAAUCCAGGAUGAGGGGGAAAACAAUGAGGAUCAGGACUCUGGCCAUGGGGAGAUGGUGCAGAGGAUCUUGGAUAUAUUGCAGUUCCUAUGGGCCAUUAUUCUGGCUGUGGUGGAUGGACUGACUCAGUGGCUCAACCUGUUGACUAAACAGUACAGAGACACCUCUACUGUCCUCUGCAACGAACGUUACCUGCUCAUACACAAGAUUGGGCAGCAGAACACAAAAGCAGAGUCUAUGGAGGACCGGCUAUCCCAAGGGAGUGAGAGUCCCACACUGGAGACCUGUUUGAACGAGACAGAUACAGAACACACUAACAGAUACAGUUUUUUGGAGGUUGAUAGUGGGACUGGGGCAGCCUGUUCUACCCCCCAGCCAAGGCUCUACAGUGCUGCCCAGAGUCCAGAGCCCCCAUCUAGUGGCAUGGAAUUAGUACCAGAGCCACUGGACCAACAACAAAAAGAACACAGACACUCGAGAACAGCCAGUGAACUACUGGGAGACAGACAGUUUUUCAUAGAGGAGUUGGAACAAAGCAGGGAGUUCUAUGGCAGCCACAGUCGUCCACUGAAGCUGCUAUUUGCCAUGUACAGCCUAUUGGCAGCAAACUCAGAGCUGGUCUGCUAUUUCAUCAUAGUGUUAAACAACAUGGUCACUGCCUCUGUUAUAUCCCUGGUCCUGCCUAUACUGGUAUUCUUAUGGGCUAUGUUGGCUGUUCCAAGACCAACCAAGAAGUUUUGGAUGACUGCCAUAGUCUACACAGAGGUGAUGGUGGUGGUAAAGUAUCUGUUCCAGUUUGGGUUCAUUCCCUGGAACAGUGUAUAUGAGACAACUCUAAAUGAAGAGAAGCCUUUCUUUCCACCUCGUAUCCUGGGCUUGGAGAAGACAGACAACUACAUCAGAUAUGAUCUACUGCAGUUACUUGCUCUGUUCUUCCAUAGGUCACUGCUAAUGCGUUAUGGCCUGUGGGACCAUGAGGGCCCCCUGGAGGAGCAGACCCCUUCACCAGAGAGCUACAAGGAUGAUGGGAAAAAGAAAGAGGAGAGCUGGAGGGGGGAGGGACACAAAGAAGAAAAAGAGAGCAGAGGCAGUACAACGUCUAGCUUGGUAAACCUUGAAGUUUCUACACUGGAACAAUUGGAAAAGGCUAACCUGGACCUUGUUGAACCAACUUUAAGCUCUGCUGCUGCUGCUCCAGAACUCCCUGCAACUGAACCAGUACCCACUGGGUCAAAGGAUGACUUGGAUUCUCCCACUGGGCCAAGGGAUGGGUCAGAUCUCCUUACUGGGUUGAGGGACAAGAUGGGUCUUCCUACCAGGCCAGAAGAGGGUCAGGUGGAGAGAGAAAAUGAGAAAGGGAUACAGGACUCCACAAAGAAAAGCAACAGCAUCCGCUUCCGCAAGAAAAAGCCCAAACAACAGCCCAACCAAGUGGAGUCCAUUGCUGAAACCUCAGAUUCCAAGGAAGCAGUUAAGAAGGAGAAGAAGAAGGGCAGGAGGAGAGAGGCAGCCAGUAAAAGACUGCUAGCUAUAGGACAGAAGAUGAAACAUGCUUUCAUCUCUGGGUUUCAUAGUCUUUACAGACCACUUCAGUGUUUCUUUAGUGAUAUUCUUCAUGCUGAGUAUCGUGCCGCCACAGAUGUCUAUGCUCUCAUGUUCCUGACUGAUGUCAUUGACUUCAUCAUCAUUGUUUUUGGAUUCUGGGCCUUUGGGAAACACAGUGCAGCAGCUGAUAUAGCUUCCACCCUGUCAGAGGACCAGGUGCCGGAGGCCUUCCUAGUGAUGCUGCUGAUCCAGUUCAGCACCAUGAUCAUCGACAGAGCCCUGUAUCUUCGUAAGACAGUCCUGGGAAAACUCAUCUUCCAGUUUAUUCUUGUGUUUGGGAUUCACUUGUGGAUGUUCUUCAUUCUGCCUGCUGUCACUGAGAGGAAGUUCAAUCAGAACUUUGUGGCUCAGCUCUGGUACUUUGUCAAGUGUAUCUACUUUGGCCUGUCAGCCUACCAGAUCCGCUGUGGAUACCCAACCCGAAUCCUCGGCAACUUCCUCACCAAGACAUACAACCACCUCAACCUAUUUCUCUUUCAAGGGUUUCGCUUGGUGCCAUUUCUAGUCGAGCUGCGAGCAGUGAUGGACUGGGUUUGGACAGAUACUACUCUGUCUCUGUCCAACUGGAUGUGUGUGGAGGACAUUUAUGCCAACAUCUUCAUUAUCAAGUGCAGUCGUGAGACAGAAAAGAAAUACCCUCAGCCUAAAGGACAGAAGAAGAAGAAGAUAGUGAAAUAUGGCAUGGGUGGACUGAUCAUCUUUUUCCUGAUUUGCAUCAUCUGGUUCCCUCUCCUUUUCAUCUCAUUGGUCAGAUCAGUGGUGGGUGUUGUCAACCACCCAGUUGAUGUUACAGUGACCAUCAAGCUUGGAGGAUAUGAGCCUCUAUUCACGAUGAGUGUUCAGCAACAGUCUAUCCAGCCCUUCACAGAAACAGACUAUGACAAACUCACCACACAGUUUGGAGACAAUGCAGUUGCUAUGCAGUUCAUAACUCUUUACAGUUAUGAGGAUAUCGUGACAGCCAGGAUCGAGGGUAGUUCUGGGUCAGUGUGGCGGAUCAGCCCCCCCAGUAGACAGGAAGUCAUCAAAGAACUACUGGGGAGUCCGGUUGAUUUGACGCUACGUUUGGCCUGGAACUUCCAGAGGGACUUGGGUAAAGGUGGGACUGUGGAACACACCUUUGACAAACACUCCAUAGAUCUGGAACCUGGGAACCCAGUCAGAGCAGACCUGGCCUCACUAUUGGUUGGAAAUCGCACUAAGCCUGUGUGUGUUCCACAUAUGUUUCCUAACUACAUCCGGGCCCCAAAUGGAGCUGAAGCCAAACCAGUCAGCCAGUUAUAUGGAGGUAAUGAAGACGAGUACCAGGACGUGACAUUGUCCCUGAUGAGUGACAGGUCACUGAAUGGCAGUGGAAACCAGGAGUGGUGGGACAUUGCAAUAGCAGAUUGCCUUCCAUCCUCAGGGAGCUGUGGGGUUUUGCCCAUGGUCAUAUUUAAUGACAAAGUCAGUCCACCUAGCCUUGGCUUUCUGGCUGGAUAUGGGAUCAUGGGUCUAUAUGUAUCGGUGGUAUUAGUGAUUGGUAAAUUCGUGCGAGGGUUCUUCAGUGAAAUCUCCCACUCCAUUAUGUUUGAGGAACUUCCCUGCGUGGACCGCAUCCUCAAGCUCUGCACUGACAUUUUCCUGGUGCGGGAGACAGGGGAGCUGGAGUUAGAAGAGGAACUUUACUCUAAACUAAUCUUCCUGUACCGAUCACCAGAGACCAUGAUCAAAUGGACAAGAGAGAUCCACAGCCAAGACCAAGAGAGACACUGACAGUCUUAGGAGAAUAUAUUGGUAUUAAAAACACACUGACAAAAUUUCCAGGGGGAUAGCACAUUGAAGGAGUAUUGAAAACACUCAUUUCCAGAGUGGACACUCACUGACUGCCAAAGAGACACACAAGGGAUAUAGAAAAACAAACAUUAAACACAUAUCAUUGCUAGACACUUUCUUCCAACAGGUCUGAGCACUUCAAACCAUCUUAUUGCUACAGACUACUGUAAGUGGACUUUUACAGUGGGUGGCAUUUGUGGCAUGUUUUACUGCCAGUGCUUCACCCACUCAGCUACCUACUUUUCAACCAAAAGGAAUAAUGACUAUGCGGGGGUGGGGGGGGGGGGGUGCAUUCAUGUUCAACUUAGUCACAGAUUAAGUUAUUUUUGUGUCACCACACCAUCUAGGGGAAACAUUUUAUUUUGGUGUGUCAAGUCAAAAGCACCACAACAAUUCAGAAAGUCAUCAAGCAUUGAGAGCCACAGGUGGCGAUAGGUAAACUGUUUGAGGGGAAAUUAUUCUGGAUAGCUGAACCCUGGUAAACAACUUUGUGUUCAAGUACUGGUCCUGUUGCAGCGCAAUGAACUGGCUACCUUCACAAAAGCCAAAAUCAACAACAUACAUGGCAAUGCCUUGGUGCAUACCACAAAAGGGAAGCACUCUUUUUUUGUUUUGCACAAGCAUUCCCACAGGUUACUUAUCCUUAACUCAAUAUGACUUUAUAUGCCCCUGUUAUUUUUCCUCUUCUGUUUGAUCUGUUGUUGUUUUUUGUUUGUUUGUUUGUUUGUUUUUGUUUUUGCAACUGAAUGACUACGUUUACAUGCACACCAUAUUCCGAUUCGGUUCAAUAUUCCGGGUAAGGUAAUAUUCUAAAUAAGGUGUUUAUAUACACUGCAGCAACUGGAAUAUUCCGUUUACAUGUUACUUGGCAUAUU